UAGAUCUAAAACUAUGUCCGAAGGAAGGUGUACAGUAUCCACCAGUUUGAGAAUUAAUCGUAAACAAGCCAAAAGAGCUUUAAUACCCUUGAAGAUCAUUCUUUUCUGCUGGUAUGGAGCUGCUGCCUGUCUGCUCCCCUACCUCACUAUCCAUAUGAAACAGAUCGGAAUUUCGCUUUCAGAAACAGCCUUGAUGUACACAGUUCUACCAGCAGCACAAGUGGUGGGGCCACUCCUUGCGAGUCUAGUUGCUGACAAGAUGGGCCACUACACACCUGUUCUUCUCAUAGCUCUAAUAGUAACAAGUCUAACCAGUACCGGUUUAUUGUUCGUCCCUCCAGCACCACCAUCUCAUGAACAACCACCUUCUCUUCACCUUCUGUGUGGGCCUAGCUUCGGUUCGCCGCAGAUUAUUGUUGACAAGUGCUGGGAGUAUGGAGCUUGUGAUAGAAUUGGUUAUAACACAACUUUAGCUGUUCACUUUCUGGACUGUCUGGUGGAGUGUCGAACGUCAGGGUGGGAAAAAGCUCUUGAGUCCAUGAACAGUGCUGACCUUUGUUUUAAUGACCAUCUUGGGCAAGUGUGCCAUUUGGUGGAAGUGAAUAAUACACUUUCGGAAAACUUUACGUUCGGUGUCCAUCUUGCAGAGCCAGUCUUCAACGCAGUAGGACCCUCUUGUAUUUACUCUGUGAUGGCUGUUGAAUGGCAUAACAGGCUAUUUCAUGAAGUAACUUGUCCAAUCAUAAUGCAGGAGUUUGAAAACACUGAUAACUGUACAUUGAGGUGCAUGUUUGACGAGCUGGAAGUACCAGAAAACUCAACUAUCACAUCAGAUCACAUCUUCAGUGACAAGAAAUGCGAGCUUAAUAAGGGAAGGAGGAUGUUAACUUUGUGGGUAUACUUCAUUUUAAGAGUUUUGUUUCAGAUUUUUCUUGCCAUCUGUUUUAGUCUUUUAGAUGCUACGACUUUGGUCAUGGUAGGACAAUACAAAGAACAUUAUGGUCAACAACGUUUCUGGGCAAUCUUAGCUACAGCUGUAUUUUCUCCAAUCAGUGGCAUCCUAAUUGAUUUAGUCAGCGAUAAAAAUGGAUAUCCAGACUACUGCCCUGCGUUUUACUUAUUUAAUGGAUUUACACUGCUUACAGCACUGAUCACGUGGGUUUUGGACAUUCCAGUGGCUUUGCCUGCAAAAAACGUCAUGAAGAACUUUAAAAAGCUAUUUCAUCUUAGAGAAGUCGUUGCUUUCUUAGUUGUAGUAUUGAGCCUCGGUAUGAUUUGGGGAUUUAUUGAGUCAUUCCUUUUUUGGUAUCUUCUAGACCUAGGAAGUUCAAAAUAUCUGCUUGGCCUAACUUUAACCACGGGAGCCAUAAUUGGUCUUCCCUUUCUUCACAACUAUAGUUGGCUUAUUAAGAAAAUUGGAAGGGUGAACAUCUUGAUUUUUGCAUUUCUCAUAUAUUGCAUUCGCUGCUUUGGUUACUCAUACAUCAAUAGCCCUUGGUGGUGUCUUCUUUUUGAAGCUAUGGAAGCCUUCACCUACCACCUCAUGUGGGGUGCCGUCUCAACUUAUAGUGCAGCGCUUGCCCCAAAAGGACUACUGGCUACAGUACAACGAUGUGUAGGAAGUCUUCAUUACGGACUAGGCAAAGGGGCAGGAAGUCUUGUUGGAGGACACAUAAUGAGUGCAAUUGGCGCAAGACUUGCUUUCCGCUAUAUUGGAAUCGGAGCUGGUAUAGUAGGCCUUCUGUAUGGUAUGCUAUAUUAUUGCUUCCUAAGCAGAUUUCACGAAAAAGAAGAAGAAAAGAAGCGAAAGAUUGAAGCCGAACUUAAAGCUUCCAAGCGUCCAGAGGAGAAUGAAGAUAAAGGAACUCAAACAUCCUCCACUCCCACAGACAGAAAGUUCCAUGUUAUCACAACAAGUCCGGAUACCGGUGCCCUGUCCGUUCAGCCCGAGUUAGCUGAUAUUGAUGAAGAGGAGGAAGAGAAUACGACGAUGGUAAAAGACAGUCAAAUGGGUCGCAAUGGAAACAGUUAGCUAAGGAAUGAUAAUUGAGUUACAUAAUAGACUUUGAAUAGCAAGUCUUUGAAUUAGAUCAUUUUGAUGUAAAGAAAACUUAGAUCAUGAUAUGUAAACAUUUGCAACUUGUCGAUUUACUUCAUUGCGAGAAGUAAAGAAAAGAUUUAUUAAUAAACAAUUUUUCCUACGUUCUAAUCUCAAACCAUCCUUGGGCAACAGUUGUCCUGAACGACUAGACUUUGACGUCAAUACGUCUUUUAUGAACUGAUGCAACACAAUUUAGAAAACAUUUUUCAAAUCAUUGUUAGUGUUUCUAAUUUUGGUUUAAAAGACGAGAUAUACAAAAGUUCAAGCAAAAAACUUUAAUCAUUCUUUAUUCUAAGUACUUCUGUUUGAACUUUUAACUGACGGAUAAACUAUUAGU